UCGAGGGAGCCCUCCAGACCAUGGCACCCAGAAGAGCCCGGAAAAAAGCAGAAGGAGGAGCCAGCUCCAACGUCUUCUCCAUGUUCGAUCAGUCCCAGAUCCAGGAGUUUAAAGAGGCCUUCACCAUCAUGGACCAGAACCGGGACGGCUUCAUCGACAAGGAGGACCUGAGGGACACCUUUGCUGCCCUGGGCCGCAUCAAUGUAAAGAACGAGGAGCUGGAGGCCAUGGUGAAGGAGGCCCCUGGGCCCAUCAACUUCACCGUCUUCCUGACCAUGUUUGGGGAGAAGCUGAAGGGUACAGACCCCGAGGAGACCAUUCUCCAUGCCUUCAAGGUGUUCGACACUGAAGGCAAAGGUUUCGUCAAGGCUGAUUUCAUCAAAGAGAAGCUCAUGACGCAGGCAGACCGGUUCAGUGAGGAGGAGAUGUGUGUGGCAAUCUGGACUACAGGAACCUGUGUUACGUCAUCACGCAUGGCGAAGAGAAGGACUAGACGGAGACCACGGACCCUCCCCCCACCCAAACCCCCCACACAUUCAGAGGCAGCAAAUCCUGGGAGACGGGAGGGGUGGCCUUUAAGGAGCCCCUGUGGCCAACAUGUGUGAAGAGAAGACUCCCUGGCUUGUGGGGCAGGGGCAAAAGCAAGAAUAAAUGAUGCUAACAAGGUCUGAGUUCUCGUGAUUAAUGCUCCAGUUGGGGAGAAAGCGAAACAUUCCUAUGCUGUUGGUUUUUCCAAAACUUUUUACUUCCUGGCUUUGCUCAAAUGUUCCUGAUGAGCUGAUGUUUAGAACUAAUUGACAGUUUUAAUGAUCCCCAGCUGGGGCACGGGACACUGCCUUCAUUUAUGAAGCUUUUAUUGAGCACCUAGUGCGUGCCAGCCCUGGUACCAGUCCUGGGGACAAGGAGAGGAGCCAGCCCUGUCCCGGGGCGGGAAGAUCGUGCAGUGAGGAGGACAAGAAUUGGGGUGGGGACACAGCGGGGAGGAGGUGGGACUGGGCCAGCAGAGACUGGCAGCUAGGAGCCAGACAGAGGCAGAGAAGGUGGAGAGGAGGAGGUGGACUGCAGGGAUGCUUCGGGCGGGGUAAAGAUUUCUUAAACAUGGAACACGUAGCACCCACCAUAUAAUAAAAGGGCAGAAUUUGGACCUCCAACUGAAAACUUCCCUUCAGCAAGGGACGCCGUGAAGAGCCUGUAAAGGCAAGGCCCAGGCUGGAGAAGAUACUGGCAACAAGAGACAUCAAUAAGGACUUCCCUGGCAGUCCAGUGGCUAAGACUCCUCACUCCCAAUGCAGGAGGCCCAGGUUCCACCCCUGGUCAGAGAACUGGAGCCCACAUGCCUCAACUAAGAGUUCACAUGCCGU